AUGACUAGGAGUUUAAAGAAUCUCGGGGACCUCUUCUGUUUUGUUUUGAAGUAUUUUGAAAGAAUCUCGGGGACCACAUGUGUCUGGUUUUUGAAGAAGGAAUCAGAAAGAAAAGCUGAAGAGAAAGCUGAAAAGAAAGCUAAGGAAGAAGCUGAGAAGAAAGCUAAAGAAGAAAAAAAAACUGAAGAGGAAGCUGGGAAGAAAAUUAAGGAAGAAGCGGAAAAGAAAGCUAAAGAGGAAUCAAAAAGAAAGGCUAAAAAGGAAGCUGAAAAGGAAGCUAAGGAGGAAGUUGAGAAGAAGGCUAAGGAGGAAGCAGAAAUAACGGCCAAAAAGAAAGUUGAAAAGAAGGCUAAGGAAGAAGCAGAGAAGAAAGCAAAAGAGGAAGUUGAAAAGGUAGUUAACGAGGAGGCUGAAAAAAAGGCGAAAGAAGAAGCUGAAAAGAAAGCUAAAGAGGAGGUCGAAAAGACUAAAGAAGAAGCUGAAAAGAAAGCUAAAGACGGAGACGAAAAGAAAGCUAAAAAGGAAGCGGAAAUAACGUACAAAAAGGAAGCUGAGAAGAAGGCUAGGGAAGAAGCUGAAAAAAAAGCUGAAGAUGAAGUUGAGAAGAAAAUUAAGGAAGAAGAGGAGAAGAAAGCUAAAUAGGAGUCAAAAAGAAAGACUAAAAAGGAAUCUGAAAAGGAAGCUAAGGAGGAAGUUGAGAAGAAGGUUAAGGAGGAAGCAGAAAUAACGGCCAAAAAGAAAUCUGCAAAGAAGCCUAAGGAAGAAGCAGAGAAGAAAGCAAACGAGAAAGCUGAAAAGAUAGCUAAAGAGGAGGCUGCGAAAAAGGCGAAGGAAGAAGUUGAAAAGAAAGCUAAAGAGGAGGCCAAAAAGACUAAAGAAGAAGCUGAAAACAAAGCUAAACAGGAUGCCAAGAAGAAAAUUAAAGAAGAAGCCGAAAAAAUGGCUAAAGAAGAAGCAGAAAUAAAGUACAAAAAGACAGCUGAAAAGAAAGCUAAGGAAGAAACAGAGAAGAAAGUAAAAGAGGAAGCUGAAAUGAAAGCUAAGGAGGACGCUAAGAAGAAGACGGAGAAAGAAACUGAAAAGAAAACUAAGGAGGACGCCAACAAGGAGGAGGCUCAGAAAAAGGCGAAGGAAGAAUCUGAAAAGAAAGCUAAAGACGAAGCCGAAAAGAAAACUAAAGAGGAAGCAGAAAUAAAGUACAAGCAGCAAGCUGAAAAGAAGGCUAAGGAAGAAACACAGAAGAAAAAAGCAAAGAAGAAGAAAAAGAAAGACAAGGACGAGGUUGAGAAGAGGGCGAAAGAAGAAGUUGAAAAGAAAGUUAAACAGGAGGCCGAAAAGACUAAAGAAGAAGUUGAUAAGAAAGCUAAAGACGAAGCUGAAAAAAAAGCUAAAGAGGAAGCAGAAACGAAGUACAAAAAGAAAGCUGAAAAGAAGGCAAAAGAGGAAACUGAAAAGAAAGCUAAGGAGGACGCUGAAAAGAAGGCGAAGGAAGAAGUUGAAAAGAAUGCCAAAAAGGAGACCAAGAAGCCUAAAGAAGAAGCUAAAAAAAAAAAAGCAAAGAAGAAAAAGAAAGACAAGGACGAGGUUGAGAAGAGGGCGAAAGAAGAAGUUGAAAAGAAAGCCAAACAGGAGGCCGAAAAGACUAAAGAAGACGUUGAGAAGAAAGCUAAAGACGAAGCCGAAAAGAAAGCUAAAGAGGAAGCAGAAAGAAAGUACAAAAAGAAAGCUGAAAAGAAGGCAAUAGAGGAAACUGAAAAGAAAGCUAAGGAGGACGCUGCGAAAAAGGCGAAGGAAGAAGCUGAAAAGAACGCCAAAGAGGAGACCAGGAAGAAAGCUAAAGAGGAAGCAGAAAUAAAGGCUAAAAAGAAAGCUGAAACGAAGGUUAAGGAAGCAAAAGCCGAAGCUGAAAAGAAAGCUAAGGAAGAGGCUGAGAAGAAGAAGAAGAAGGAACAAGCUGAAAAAAAGCUAUAG